AUGACGGAGCUGAGGAAACGAGGCGCAGGCGGAGGCGACCCUGACAGCACCGAGAAUAUCAGUGACAAGCAUUUGAAUGCCUUUGUAUGUCUCUGUGUGUCUGGGCAGGAGGCUGAUGGCGAUGACAGGCUGGGCCUGCCAGGUGAUGCUGAGGGAGAAUGUGACGGCGAUUCCAAAGCAGACACUCCAGAUGUUCCUCUCUGCACAGCAGACAUAGACAACACUCCAGAAUGCCUGAACAAAGCUCUGGAGGGGCUUCCACCCAGAUGGAAAAAUUACUGGAUACGAGGAGUUUUGUCUUUAGCCAUGAUUUCAGGCUUUUUCCUCAUCAUCUACAUGGGACCUGUAGCUCUCAUAUUGGUGGUAAUGACGGUGCAAAUCAAGUGUUUCCACGAAAUCAUCACCAUUGGCUACAGAGUUUACCAUUCCUAUGAGCUGCCGUGGUUCAGGACACUAAGUUGGUACUUCCUAAUUUGCGUCAACUAUUUCUUUUAUGGAGAGACGGUUGCGGAUUACUUUGGGGCUCUGGUGCAGAGAGAGGAGCCUCUGCAGUUCCUGGCUCGCUAUCACCGCUUCAUUUCCUUCGCUUUGUAUCUGGCAGGUUUCUGCAUGUUUGUGCUGAGUUUAGUGAAGAAACAUUACCGCCUGCAGUUUUACAUGUUUGCUUGGACCCAUGUGACCCUGUUGAUUGUGGUAACUCAGUCCCACCUUGUUAUUCAGAACCUGUUUGAAGGGAUGAUCUGGUUCAUAGUUCCUAUCUCUAUUGUAAUCUGCAAUGACAUUAUGGCUUACCUGUUUGGGUUCUUCUUUGGGAGAACUCCACUUAUCAAGCUCUCUCCCAAGAAGACAUGGGAAGGCUUUAUUGGGGGUUUCUUCCUCACUGUGGUGUUUGGCUUUAUCCUGGCCUACCUCCUGUCUCAGUUCCAGUACUUUGUGUGUCCUGUGGGGUACAACAGUGAGACCAACGGGUUUACUGUAGAGUGUGAACCCUCGGAUAUCUUUGUGAUGCAGGAGUACACUCUACCUUCUGUGCUGCAGAACACACUGAGAUGGAAAACAAUGAACCUAUACCCCUUCCAGAUCCACAGCAUCUUCCUGUCCUCCUUUGCAUCUCUCAUCGGACCAUUUGGUGGCUUUUUUGCUAGUGGCUUUAAGCGAGCCUUUAAAAUUAAGGACUUUGCUAGUACCAUCCCUGGCCAUGGAGGCAUCAUGGAUCGCUUUGAUUGUCAGUACCUGAUGGCCACAUUUACACACGUCUACAUUGCCAGCUUUGUCAGAGGCCCAAACCCCAGCAAGGUAUUGCAGCAGCUGUUGAUGCUUCAGCCUGAGCAGCAGCUCAGCAUCUUCCACACGCUGCACUCCCACUUGAGAGAGAGGGGCAUGCUUCCCCAGGCCAAGUGAGAGCCCGCCAACUUCACAUGAUGAUGACUGGGCAGCAUGAGGUCGCAAACGUGUGCAAAAACACAUGCGGUCUUGUGUGUGUGACCACCAGGCCUCUGUCAGGGAGUCUAUCAUCAUUCUGUCAGUAAUCAACUUCUGAAAAAACAGCUCCUUAUCACAACUUUAAACCUGAAGAUGAUUCUUUAGACUAAAGCGACUAGACAGUUUAAAAAAAAGAGAGAAGAAAAAAAAGGUUGUUCACCCUGGACUGUCAUCAGCUUCAACAUGUUUCAACAGGCAGUCACCAACCUAAACAAGCAUAUAGACUGAGGAUAAAACUGAACUAAAGCAACUUUAAAGCACAUGGCUUUGCCAUCAGAGUUUGGAUGCACAGUUUUGCUGUGGAGGCCUGACUUUGAUUUGAGAAGGAGAGAGAGAGAAAGAAAAAUGUAAGAAGCUUCGGUAUGUACUGGGCCUAGGCUGUUGGCCACAUGGACCUGAGGUAUGAACAACGGAACCCUUUUGCUACUGGUCUUUCUGGGUUUGAUGAAAUCAUAAUGCAACAACUGUUUUAUAGAUUUCUAAUUUAAUUGAACUAAUUCCACAGAAUUCUAAACGUGUAGCAUGUUUGCUAGUGCUGCUUUAGGCUAAUGCUGUUUUCACCUCCAUCUCUUCAUCAUGAACAUUCAGCUUUCAGAUUUCCGACAAAACCAACUCGCAUAAUAUUUUUGUCGAUACAGAUUGACUGUAGGCAUAUUGAUGCAGAAAGUAUAGCUUCAUCUGCACAUCGAAAACUUGAAGUAAUGUACAUAACUAUACUGAAAAUAUUUAACUGAACAAAUGCAUAAUAUAUAAAUACUUAUUCUCUAAGAACUGCUGCGGGGAAAGAAAAACACUUAUUGCUCGAAAAUAUGCAAAUUUGUAUCUUUUAGCAUGAACAAACUAGAUUUUUAAGAAGUAGCCAUGUAGAUUUGACCUAUUAAGAGAGUGCGGUGGGUAAGUCUUUAAUUGGAGAAGUGGAACUUAGAAUUAUGAGGUUUGGGAAAUGUAAUGCUUUGGUUUUUUUGUCUUAAUAUGCAACAACUCUCAUGCUAGUUUCUUAGUAUAGAGGGGAUUACCUUGUCCUGGCAUAAAAACAGAAGGUACGGAAUAGCUGCCUUGAGUCUCAUUAAAGCUAUUGAAUCUUCUUACCAGCACCUGUAAAGCUCCUACUAUGGCAGUCCGCAACUAAAUCUACUGGUCGGCUCAUGUGGAUACCGCACAAUGCUGUGCAUUUGAAAGUAAAUAAUCGUAAUAUGCUGUUUCUGGCUUGCUUAUCUAUGUCUUUUUGUUGUUUUUUGUCUUUAGAGUGAACUAUUGCAGAAUAAUUUAUAGAAACUUUUAUGACAGCUUAUAAGCAUAUUUAAAAAAUGCAUUUUCUUACCAUGUGUCCCUAAAAAUUACCGCUCUCAGAAGACAAUUGCUCAAUGGUUAUGCAAGUAUUCCACUGUGCUAUGGUUUUUUAUAAGCUUAUAUAUCUCAGAUAACCUUAUUCCAUUUGACAAUAUGUUACAAUUACAAAAUUGAUCUUUAUUUGAUUAAAUUAAUCAAGAAAUUACAUUUGAUCAGUUGAUAGAAACGGCACAAAUUCCAAUUUGCCCUCAAUGAUUUUGUUUUAUGAGUUCCUUACCCCCUAUUUUGUGAGUGAAUUCAUUUGCCAAAAAUUGGGGACAAAAAAGAAAAAUUAAAUUUAUUACUGGUUGUUGUCAACUUAUAUUGCUAUAAUGUUUUCUGUAAAUGUAUUGGAAAAUGGGACAUCCCACUUUGCCUCUCAUCUUUAGUUUUCUUCCAUUUACAGCAACCCGUUCAAAGGUACUGCUUGAACAGGUUUCCGAACAAAUACCCAUUUCUGGAUUUGUGAAAUGCAAAUUUUUUUGUUUAUUUUUUCUUAAUUAGCUGAUUACAUCAAAUGAUGUAUGUGUUUACAUGGGAGCUUUACAGGUUUAACUUCACGUUCGGCUGGUGAAAAGACAGUAGCUUUCAGCUUAUCCUGAAAAUCUGGAAUCAUUUCCUAAGUGAAUGGCAGUGGCCAUUUAGUUAGUUGCACUAUAGGGAAGAAGGUGGUCUUGGGGGUUCUAAUACACCAUAACGCUGUUAUAAUGUUUUGAAUGUAGUAUAAUUUAAGAUGUCAGUAUUGACAUCAUGUUUCGAUCUUUGCAGUACGCCCGUACAGUAUGAGCUCUACUGUACUAAGGCGCAUCUACAACUAUAUAAAGCACUAGGACAGGUGGUUUAGCAAUAUUAGUAUCAUAUGCAAGAUUAAGUUUGACUCCAAAAGAUGUGGAUUUAGUUAUUUUGUUUCUACAGGAACUGUGUGGCAUUUCUAAUGAAUCGCACUGAGUUGUGUGAUGAUUGAAAUUAUAAGCAUGUUACGGCUUCCUAGAUGAAAUUCUCUGAUUAAAUCUAGAAAGAAACAUUUACCAAAGUACUGUCUGAAUGAUGCUGAUCUCCUUCUGAAAAGCUCAGGGGAGCUGGGGCCAACGAUGUAGCACCAUAUUUUGUCCCCACAUCUGAUAAACUCAAAAGCAGGGAUCAGAGCUUGUGACCGAGUAUGUAAAACUCGUGUCAAUUUAGUGGUGUUCUUAGCCAUCAGCGGUUGAUCUGAGAUUUAAUAUAUUUGUCCAUGUUUUGUUUUUUUGUUUGUUUGUGUUCAUGUUUUCUACAAAUAAUUUAUUUUCACCCCCUUGACUGGAGAUGCGGGGUAGCUGUUUGGGGACUAGCUGAAUUGUACUAUUUAACCCAAUUACUGAUGUGUUUUACACAUGCAGUCUGGCAUAAUUUUGAACAGAGUUUUGAUUUGAGACGGUGUAGUAACCUGACCAAAAGUAGAUAGUCAAAAACCACAAAAAGGUAUUUUAGACCAGAUUUAUGAGGAGUCUGGAGGAUGCUAUCAGAAUCCUUGAUAUAACUGAUGAAACGGAUAAUUUAGAAAUAUAUUUACACUGAUAAGAUUAUUUCAUAUCUUCUCUAUAAACAGUCUAUAUAUAUAUAUAUAUAUAUAGGUGAAGAUGCACAGGGUAAGAAUAGGCUUCCCUCUAGUCGAACAUCACAUAAACCUGCUCUUUAAAAAAAAAACUCUGAAGAUGUAUAUGUAUAUAUAAUGUAUGUUGUUAAAUCUCAUAAUUAAGUGAUUUUUUCUGUUUGACAAAUGGUUACAUUAUUCAUUCUUUAGUUUUAACUUAAAUAAUUCAAGAUUAUAUUACUCUUUCCUCCAAGUAUCAAUCACUUGCUCUUGAUGCCAAAAAUAUCAAUACAUUUUUAUGCUUUCCAGAUUGGGAUAACAUUUGUUGAUUGGAAACAUGGAAAGUUAUCUAACUACUGUCAGUGACUGUAUAAUUCCACUGACACACUCCAGAUCUUUACAAUUCUACCUACUACUAUACUCUAAGCUAUUGUUAGAGGUCACUUAUAUGUGUUUUUUCACGGCGAAAUAUGUAAGGGGAAAGCUAAGGUGUUAGAGGCUCAAAUUAAUGAUGUGCAACUCACUUUCAGUGGCUGUCUUGAUCCUUUUGUGAAUAUUCUGUUUCAUUCACUUUCAACGGAAUUCUUUUCUUAUGAGAACCUUUUGGCUAGAAUAAGAUUUAAGUGACACUGAAGAUCGGAAAUUAGGGUAAUAAAAAGUAAUUGAAUUAAAAAAAUUGUGUUGUACUGUG